UCCGUAUUGAGAGCGAGGCAGCAGUCACUAUACAGAUACGAAAAAUACUGGUACAGAGUAAAGCGAAAAAACUAGUCUAGUGGUUUGGAAUAUACAUAGUAGAAAUCUUUCUUGAAUAGGGAUACAUCAAAGUUUGAAAGGACCAAACGGAAGCAUGUCGCAGGAAUUGAUAGACCUGGAGGAGUUGGUUCGAACUUGGGUCAAUGACUUCCCGCUUGACAAGAGCCAACGUAAAGAUGCAGACGACAUAUUGUCCACAGAUAUAAACUGGAACCACGUGCGAAUACAUCAUGGGAAAACGGAAUAUUACGACACGAUCAAGAAGUCAACGCCUAAAACGCACGUGCUGUUUAGCGCGCAUUUUACAAACGAUACAGACCAACAGCAGGUCUAUACCCUUAAGACCGAAAGGAGAACAAAAUCAACAUGCAAUAUCUCUAUGGAAAAAUGUUACACGAUUGGAUUUAGCCUUGACAUUAAAUUGUGCCCGCCAAAUCCUGUGAUAGAAGCAAACGCUGGUUUCAAAGGCGAAAUGUCAGUUAAAAAGGCAGACGAAGAGUCAUUUGAAGAGGAACUCGUUUGGUCUGUCGAUAAUCAGAUCAGCGUUCCGCCAAAAGUCAAAACAAAAGCUGAUCUGGUGCUAAAAGAAGACGAGUACACGAGUCAUUUCAAAUGUGAGACCAAGUUUGAAGGAAAGAUUCACGUAACGUUGAGAAGCAAGCGUGAUAACUCCCCAAUUACUACGCUGACGGGCGAUGUCCGACAUAUUUUCCGUGCAGAUCAAGGUUUCCGAGUAGAUAAAACUGGAAUUUAUUACGUGUCGCAAGGACGGUGUAAAUGUAGGUUCGGAAUAGAGCAGCAUGUAAGGCUUAGCCAAAUAGCAUUGAAAGAUGUGGUUGAUACGGACGAAGAUGAAAAUACGGAAUGAAACUUUUCUUGAUCCUAAAUGCUGGUUGUGAAAAAUCAGAUUGCUGAAUGUACAUAGAACUUCAAAUACAUACUACAUUUGGAAGACCUUUAUUCAUUCCGAAAUUUAUAAUAUGAGAGAUAAAUUCAUUAACAACCACGACUGAUAUAGAUACAUUCCAGAAAAUAUAUAGGACCGCAAAAUACAUGAGGAUACUUUAAAAUGACAUGAAUUGAAAAACAAGAAAAAAUAAUAAAAGCAUUAUUUUUUAAUUAAAAAAAUGACAGAAAGAAAAGUAUAUUCUGCAUGUGAUGUGGUUGGUGGAUAAACAAUUAGUGCAUUUUAGAUGCAUGAUGAAGCACGAGAGAAAGAGAUACCCAUAGGCAACACGCACGUGACUUUUGAUUGACAAAUUAAUUAUUAUGACACCUUCUGGACAUCUUCAUCUUGAACUGCGUAGUGUUUACAGAUCAAUUUAAGCUUUUGUGACAUAUUACGGUAAUACGGUAUGCGCUGACUUUAUGUAUUUGACCUGCAGUGAUAAGAUUAUACUUUUCAUAUUCAGUUGUUAUGUAAGUAUUAAUAGUUGUAUUUAAAUAGAUCGAUUCAAUGCAUAUA